AUGGCUGCAGCUCUGACUCUUCUUCUCAUUGGUUCUCUGCUACAAGGUUCUCAGAGUAAAGAUUUUAAGGCAGUUUUGCCGCAGACUAUAGAGGUUCCUACAGGAUCCUGUGUGACCAUCCCCUGCUCCUUUAAAAUAGAAGAUAAACAUAAAUCCAAUCUAGAUGACACAUGUGGAGCAAAAUGGUUCAGAGAUGGGACUCUUGUGUUUAACAGCAAAGAUCCACAAACACCUUCAAAUAAUGGAGAACUGACAGGAAACUUGAGAAAAAAAGACUGCACCACAACCCUGAACAACAUUCAACCUGCUAAAUUCAAAUGGACCUUCUCACCAGAUGAUCCUCCCAGACCGACUCUGACUCCGUCAGCUCUGAAGGUGGAGGAGGGAGCCUCAGUGAGUUUGAGGUGCUCUGCUCCAGCUCCAUGUCUGUCUCAUCCUCCAAAUGUGACAUGGACCAAAGGCCUGGGGGACAUUGUGGAGACACUGCAGGAGAAUGAGGACAGAAGCAAAGUCCUGACCUCUAAUGUGACCUUCACUGCCUCUCACAAGCAUCAUGGAGAGACGAUCUCCUGUAAGGCCUCCUACCACAAACAGAAUGGAAGCGCUGAGUCAGCUGUUAGUUUAACAGCUGAUGUUUCAUAUUCCCCCAAAGUCACCACCUUGUUAGUCUGCUCCUCUGGUCCAGUACCUGAGGGCAGUAAUGUGAGUCUGACAUGCAGUAGUACUGCUAACCCAGCAGUGAAGAACUACACCUGGUACAGAGAUGAUGGAGCAAAUGAGACUUUUAUUGGGACCGGACAUGUUCUCACCAUUAAAGCCUCUAGAGAAGUCAGUCCUUUGCUCUGCAAGGCUCAUAAUGAUGUUGGAGUUGGACGAUCCAACAUCACACACAUAGAUGUUCAUGGUUUGUAUCAUGCACCCAACAGAUAAAAUGACUGCAAUAAUAGAAAUGGUGGUUUCUUUCUAUCCAAACAAAUGGGGAUUUAACACUUUGACAAGUGUCCUGACAGAAGUAUUUAAACCUGCACACUGCUAUUAAUGAGGA